UCAAAAAUCGUGGCAAAAAUACUUAAAAAAAUCAUUACAAAAAGAAAAUUGCUUCUUAUUUAAAUGUUUUAUUUAGAAAACAACGUAAAUUUAAGGAUAUUGUGUUUGGCGUGAAUAAUCUACGUUAAAAAAUGGAUGUUUCAAUGGAAGGGGCAUCGAAAAAGGUGCCUCUUGAAAAUUUAACCAAAGAGGAGCUAAUAAUCAAGUGUAAAAGUUUCCUAUCGAUAGCUCAAAAAGCAAAACAAUCUAAAGAUAUACUUAUUGAAGAAAAUCGUCAACUUAAAGAAAAUAUGAAAUUACAAGAAAAUUGUAAACCCCAAGAAAAUCAAUUAAAAAUUGACCCACAAACAGAGGCCAUUAUUGGAACACUAACCAAGCAAAAAUUAGAUCUUUUAACAUCCCUGGAAGAAUUAAAAAGUGAAAAGGUGUUUAUUGAGGGUAAGUACAGCGAUUUGGAUACAGAAAACCAAGGAUUGAAAAGACAGGUUGGUCGACUUAGCGAAGAAAACGAAAGUUUAAUCGGACAAUUAGAUGGUUUGGAGAAUCAAAUUGGUUUUCUUAAAAAAAUUGGAUUGGAACAACAGGAGCAGUUGUUAGCUUUGGAGAAAAACAAUAUUUCAAAUGGAUUUGAAUUGGAAGAGAAUAUAAAACAGAAAGAAAAAACUAUUUCGGAAUUAGAAAAUUCAAAUGAAAAAUUAAAAGAUAAAUUAAAAAGUUAUCACGGGAAAAUCGUAAAAUUUGCCGGUGACGUUAAGAAAUUAAAAGAAUCUAAAAACGAAUUGAUAUCCUCAUUUAAAACAUAUACAAAUCAAGUUCAAGAUUGGAAAGAUCUCUUAAACGUUGUUUUAAAGAAAAUCGAAACGAAUUAUGUCGAAAGUGAACGAAUUAAGACAGAAAAUGAUUCGCUUAAAAUCGAAAUUGAAAAACUUCAAAAAUCAAAUAGUGACAAUUCGGAAAAAUCAGAAUCUAAAUUCGCCGUUAACAAAAAUCAAAAUAACGAAGAAGAAAUGAAUCAUAUUAAAUCAAUUUUCCAAUUACCGGUUAAGAAUGAUUUGGUUGCAGAAAAUGAACAAAUGUCGAGUGAAAUCGUUGAUUUGAAAAAUCGCGAAGAAAAGCUUUUAUUGAAAAUCGAUGUUUUGAAAGGUCAAAUUGCUGAUUUGAAUAAAACUAAUUUAAGUAAUGAAGAAUUAAAAGUGAAAAUUGAUGAAUUAAAAACGAAAGAGGAAAACUAUCGAUUGGAAAUUGAGGAAUUAAGAAAAUAUAGAACGACCGUUGAAGAAAUAUCAAAAAAUAUAAAAUGUAAAAAAAAUUUAGGCGAAGAAAUUUCUUGUUUACUUGCAAAUAGAGAUGAACUAAAAUCGAUUAAUAAAGAUUUAAUUAAAAACAUUGAAGAAUACAAAAUUUUAAUUGAACGUUAUUUAAAAGAUAUUGAUAAAUGUUCAAAUGAAAAAGAUGAUUUAACUAAAAAAGUAAAAAGUUAUGAAAACUUAGCUGAAACGACAUCAACGGAAAUUAUUAAUUUAAAAGCAACAAACGUUGAUUUAAGCAAUAAAUCAAAAAAAUACGAAGAAUUACAAAGGUUAAAUGAAAAUUUACAGAAAAAAAUCGAAGAACUUUCCAAACAAAUUCAAAAAAAAGAUUGUGAAGAACAACAAAUGGCUGAACAAACCAGCGAAGAAAUCAUCAAACACGUUAAAAGAAAUCAACAGCUUGAUCAAUAUAUCAAAAACUUAAAAGAACAAAUGGAUGCGAUAAAAAAUAAUUCAAAGAGUAAUGAAGAAAAAAUUAUUCAAACUGAAACACAAGAAGAAGAUAAACUAUCAUCUUUAAAACGCGAAAACGCCGAAUUAUUAUCGGAAAUGAAUGUUAUGAACCAAGCGUUAAAAGAACGCGGAGAAGUUAUUUCAAAACAACAGUCGUAUUGCGACGAAAUUUUAAAGAAAAUGCAACUUUUCGAAGCUCAAAAUUUAGCCAACGUUGAAACUCUGAUGCGCAAAGAAAAAACGAUUGAAACGUUACAAAAAGAGGUGUUAAGUUUAAAAAAUGAAAACGAAACCUUCGCAAGUUCGUUUACUGACGAAGAAAUUGUUAAAAAAAAUUCUGAAAUAUCACGGUUAAAAUCUGAAAUAAUCGAGUUAAAAGAAAAAAUGUCUUCUCAUUUCGUUGAAUCAAGCGAAUUUAAUUACCCCGAUAGCGAAACGACUUCAACAGUUUCCGUGACGAAAACUGAAGAAUCGUCGAGAAUGAAAGAUAUUGAAGGUUCUUGGGAAGAACGUUACGGAAAGUUAAGGAAUUUAGCAAUAAAAUUAAAAGCGAAAAUUCGACAAUUAAGCGAAGAAAUAAUGAAAGAGCAAAGUGAAAAAUCAGAUUUAUCGCAAAAAUUGAUUAAAACGAAACAAUCAUAUCAACAACAAAUCGAUUUGUUGCAAGAUCAACUAGAAACGUCAUGGAAAGAAUGUAAAACGUCCGCGAAAGAAUUAGAAACAACCUCUAUACAGGUAAGUAAUGAUAAGAAGAUGUUAAAAGAGAAUGAGGAAAUGAUUAAAAAAUUAAAAUUAACGAUUGAUAACUUAGAAAGCGAAAAAAGAAACGUCGACGAAUGGAAAAAGCAGAUUGCGGGAAAAGUCCAGACGUUAAAAAAAGAAUUAGAAACGAAUCAAAUGAUUAAAAAAGAAUACGAGGCACAAAUUAAUAAAUUAAAUCUCGAUUUAGAAGCGAAAGAUCGCGCUUUAAAACAAGAAAUCGAAAAGCAUAACGAAUUAAAAACCGAGAAGAAAAAACAAUCAGUUUUAAAUUUAGAAAUACAAGAUUACGAAAAAUCCGUUAAAGAUUUAACACAAAAAAUUGAAAAGAAACAAGAAAUCAUCACGAAAUUAAAACAACAAAUAGAUCAUCAAAAAUUAAACAUUGAAGAACUAGAAAAAUUAAGUAAAAAUGCGGAUGAAAAUAUAAAAAUUUUAGACGAAAAACUUUCGAGGGAAAUCCAAAAUAACGAAAAUAAUAAAAAGAAAAUUGUGGAACUCGAAACGAUUUUGAACGAAAAAGAAACAAAAAUUCAACAAUUAACGUUUUCCGUUGAAAAUAUUCGAAUGGAUAAUGAAGACUUGUCUACGCAACUUUCAAAAACGAUCGUUGAAAAUGAAAAGAAUCAAACGAUUUUACAAAAACAAUGCGAAUCGUAUAAACAAAAAUAUCUUUCGUUAGAAAAUUCGUUGAAAUCGAUUCAAAACCAAUUUGAACUGAAACAAAAUGAACUGAUUGAGAUUCAAUCGGAUUAUGAAAAUUAUAAAGUUCGAGCUCAAAGUGUUUUAUUAAGACAGAAUCAGAAUUCGUCGAGAGAUGCUUGUGGGGUGGUCGAGGAGAAGUUGAAGGAGGAAUCGGCGAGUUUGCAGGCGCAAGUUGAUAUUUUAGGGGUUGAGUUGCAGAGGAGUAAAGAGGUUUGCGAGAGUUUAUCCAAGGAAAAUAGUGAGUUGGGAACGAAGAAUCGUAAUAUGGUGGAACGAUUGGAAAAAGUUGAGAUGGAGUUGGAUAUGACCGCGAAAGAGUUGGAAAAUUUAGGGUUGAAACAUCAAAGAAUGAUUGUUGAACAUACAGAGACAGUUCGAGGUUUAAAGAUCAACAGUGACACACUCGCCCAAUGCUACCGAAAACAAUUAUCCGACCAAGAGGAUCGUCACCAUCGCGAAAUCCUCGAUUUACAAUUACAAAUUGAUCGAGGAUUAUCCACCAAUAUGUCGUUGGAAAUGAUUUCAACGUCCACCCCGGUGAUGCCACCUCGUGAAGAAGGAGAAGGUUCAGAGAGUGUUGAAAGCUUGUUAGGGAACACUUCAAAACCGAUUUCCUUAGAAAAAUUAUUAAGCAACGAAAACGAACAGGAAACUUAUUCUAUUAAGAAGCAACUAAAUGAAAACGAAGCUAAAGUUAAUCAUUUAACAGCUUUGUUGUCUGAUACAGAACAAGAUUUAGCUAAACACGUUCAAAUGAAUCAAGUUUUAAAGGAAGAAAUUCGACGACAAAGACGAUCGUUGGAACGAGAAGAACACGCUGAAAACUUAGAGUAUUUAAAAAAUGUUAUUUUUAAAUUUAUAACACUAGGUCAAGGAGAUGAGAGAGAACGUCUUAUUCCAGUAUUAAACACAAUUUUGAAGUUGAGUCCUGAAGAGAGUCAAAAAUUAUCUACAGUUGCACGAGGUGAAAAAUCUUGGUCUACUUACUUACCGAUUUGGAAACAAUAAAUUAAUUAAUUUAAAUAAAAUCAUUGUAAAUAUUGUAAAAAAGUUAUUUAAAUAAAUAAAAAUCGAAA